AUUCUCACCAAGGGGUCGUACGUCGGAACACACCACGACAGAGCAUGAUAUGAGGUCUUGAGGUGAUUCUCAGAAUCGCAUCCGGUUUCUGGCGAAAUAUUAUGCUCCAAGUCAUAGUUUCACCGUACGGUGAAGUCUUUUGUGGGUUGUUGACUGAUCUGAGUCUCGGUGAAGGCUGAAGCCAUCUCGAAUACCGCCUAGUUCAGUGUAGAAUUGUCACUGCUCUUUCUUGGCCCUUCUCUCGAGAACAUGUCCUCAGGUCCUGAACAGGGAAUGUCAUUGUUCUAGACUCGCUCAAUCAAAAUCCUCACUCAAAGCCGGAUAACAAAAUUCCUCGAGCUAUUUUUGUGUGUUGUAUCGAUCGGGAAUAUUUACUACCUUAGUUCCCAUAUUCCCUGUAUUAACCUUUCUCCUCGGAGUGAGCCUCCUUAUCAAUGCCGACAUAGAUAAGCCUCAAUAUCAACCUCUUCUGCUUUGCAACACAGCGACUCUAACUGGGCGAUACCUACAGUUCCCCCACAAAGAUAACACCACGGCUCAGUGUCACGGAGAUUCAAUUGUCAAGCAUUCUCCACGGAAUAAUCAACAAGAAUACGCAGAGACUAUGGGGGACAAGUCCGUUAUGUGGAGUCUCGGAGAGGAAUCCCUGAGGCGAAGUUUGGUGUCGUGUCGUACGAAUGGAGAUGAUCUGAUUUACAAACACGAAUUCAAACUUUGUUCUGGUAUGUUAUUCCAAGCGAAAAGGACUGAAGGAAUUUUAUUUACUCCGUAGAUCUUCAUCGCAUGGUUCGAUAAGGUAGCAAGGGUUAAUCAAGAAUGGGAUACUGAAGUCUGAGGCCUAGAAUUGCAUCGCAUUACCGUAAACGGCUUUGGCCGAUCAACCUAUCACACGUGUUUAGCCUGACGGGUACCUUAGCUGUAGAGCCCCUCCCACGUCAUCGUCUCAGCCCCUCCAAUCCUCAACACCACACAGACAUCACCAACCUAGACAAUGGCGACUACCACCGAAUCCUCCUUCACAUUCCCCCGCGAGUACCAUUUCCCCGCCUUCUUCACACGCCAAACUAAUCUCACUACACUCCAUGCCCAGCGCAACAAAUGGUCCGAUCUUAUCCUCGCCUACGCGCGACAUAACCGUAUCUUCCGCCUAUCGCUGUCCGAAGCAGCAGAUUCAGAUCUCUUUGUAAACCGAAAGCUCGAUCGAAGGCUACAAUUUGAUGACAUCCGUGAUGUGAUUUCUUAUAUGCACACAGAUGGGCGUGUAGAAUACGUCGGAGGCAAAACAACAGGGGAUGUUGUGUUUCUGUAUUGGCGAAAGCCCGAGGAGUGGGCGGAGCUUGUAGAGAACUACGUCGAAGAGACGGGGCAGAAGGGCAGUGUUCUUACAGUCUAUGAACUUGUCGAGGGAGAUGGUACAAAAGGAAAUGACAUUCACGGCAUGGACACAGAUGUCCUUCUAAAAGCUCUGAACAUCCUCGUCAAACGAAACAAAGCUCAAAUAUUCGGCCAGGACGACUCAUUAGGCGUCAAAUUCUUCUAAGCACCGAAACAUACAUACUCAUCUCUACAUAAGGCACAUGCGACUUUUCAUCACAGUACGCGCACCAAUAUGAACCGACUACGGACUCCAACAUCGGCAGCGAUGUUAAACCAUCCUGAACGCCAUCAAGCAACAGCCAGAGAAAGGGCUACUGCGAAUUUCCGUAAAAGUUCUCCGCCAGAAACUUGUCAUCAAACCGCACCUGUUGAGCCAUUGCGACAUCGAGCAACCAGUCAGGUGCAACAAUACGAGGCUCCAUGUUGCCGUUGUACGCCAUAUCACGGAAUUUCUCCCAAAGCGGCCUCUCGUCGGGACGUCCGCUACUUAAUAGGUAGACCGGCUCGGGUGGCGCGUUACCCUCCUCCUCUGCCGUUGUUGGUCGGAUUGUCGUCCCGCUCCGAGCCCGGUAGAUCUUGAAGAUCGCCCCGUUGGCCUCGGCGAUCGCUUUGUAGCUCUCCGCACCAUUGCGGAUCUUUUCCGUGCAAUAGAUGGGAACACCAACAAGAAGUUUGCCUCUAUUUGCCUUAGCACGAGCGACUGAUGUCUCAAGGACCAUGUUGUGCCUUUUCUCGGCCGCAUUGUCUUUGAGGAUGAAAUCCUCAACGUCGAGAAGGGUACCCUUGUCCAAAGACUGGUCAAUGAAAGUUGAUGAGAUCACUGUUGGGCCGCGUGCAAGCGCGCAUAGGAAUUUGACAGUGCGGACAACACUAGGGGCUGCCAGAUAGUCGCACGGUUGACCCUCUUGAACGAUCUGUAUCCCCAUGUCCCGGAGUUUUCUCUGUCAUUUGGUUAGAAUAGAUUCAAACAAAUGGCUCGCGCUUACGUACUCGAUCUUGAUCUUCCUUGUUCUUGUCUCCAACCCAGCGAGUGAAUCCAGUCAAGACGACACGCAUCUGAAUGUCUGGAAGUGACUGCUUGGUCUUCUUGGUCGGCCGCUUCGCUAACGCGUCGGCAUCUUCAUCUUCAGGCUUCUCAUCUUGUUUGGUUUUGCUGUUAGUCUUUUCGGCCUGGUCGGCUGCUCGUUUUCCACCCCAGAUUGCAUUGCCUCCCUUGGCAUGUCUCUUCUUCUCCUUUUCAUAAAGCGCGAUAUCGUCGCUCAGGCCAUGCAGACGUUCUUGAGCUUUCGCUUUGGCGCUACGGCUUCCUGUAGAAGCCACCGACGGUGUCUCGUUCUCCUUCCCAGUACGACGUGGACGAAUUGGUGUUGCAUCUCCGAUGGUCCUCGUCUUCUUUGCAGACUUCUCGCUCUCUCCUCUAUUAGAGUCUUCCAUCUCAACGUCCUCAUUGCCAACCUGACCAACAACAACACCCUCUGCUGGCCCUCGUGAAUAUGCGUUAUCCUCUGCAGCUUCCAGGAUUGCUCGCUUCCUCUUGGCUCGCGGUGAUAGCUUGUCCUGCCCCCCGGGGUAGUACUUUUCGCGCAACUUUGGUUCAUCAAAGAACGUUUGCCCGAUUACCUCGCCCAGGUUAGUGCGCGGAGGGAAAUGAUUAUACUUCUUAAUGUUGAUGGGCCUAAUUUCGCACUUGGCAUAGCUUUCCUCAAUCCAGAGAUGGUUGAUAACGGCAAUCCCCCAUUCAGGAGCAGCCUUGCAUUUCUCGCUAGAGUCUCUAGCAGUGAUUAAAUGCGUGUUCUCAGCUCUCAUCGUUCUGGUGAACUCGGCUCCAGAAGCCUUGAUCAGGUUCUCCAGGUAAAUUCGUGCUUCACCACCGUAAUUUGAUACUGUAAUGCGUAGACCCCUGAAUCCUUCUAUACCAUCCUUGGGGAUCGGAUAGUGUAGCAAUCGACGAAGGGGCGAUGUCCACUCGUUAUGAACGAUAAGCCAGUAAAGCCAGGCCAGAUUUCCAACUUCUUUGCACGACUGCGCAGCUUGGACAUAUUGCGGACCAUCGCGAUAUUGGCAGAUGAG